AUGCCGCUCCGAGUCAAUAUCCCUCCGGCUACUCGUAUUUGUCUCAUCAUCUUGCUCGCCCUUUCCUUUCUUUACAACGUUGCCAGAUGGCGACAACUUGACACCUCAGCUGGCAGCGUCCAGGCCACCCCGAUCAUUCCCUACCUUACGCUCGUUCCCUCUUUCUUCUACUACUACCCGUGGACGCUCGUCACGGCCACUUUUGUCGAGCAGAAUAUCUUCACCGUCGUUCUGAACGCGACGACAAUCUUCUAUGGGGGAAAGUAUCUCGAGCGCGCGUGGGGUUCCCGCGAGUUCAGCAAGUUUAUUGCCGCCGUCACUGUGAUCCCCAAUGCCGUGAUCGUUCCGAUCUACCUCAUCUGGAGUGCUGUCGGAGGUUCUCCAAGCAUAGGCCUCACCCAGAUCUGCGGGGGUGUGGCCAUCCAGGCCUCCUUCCUUGUCGCUUUCAAGCAGCUCGUCCCCGAGCACACAGUCACUAUCUUCAAGGGUCUGAUCAAGAUGCGCGUGAAACACUUCCCGGCUCUAUUUUUGCUCCUCAACACCCUCAGUGGCAUCUUGAUUGGAACAGAUACCGCUGCCUUCUUGGGUUGGCUGGGUCUCCUGACUAGCUGGACCUAUCUCCGAUUCUACAAGCAGCAGCCCGAUCUCACUGGAACUUCGACGAAUGGCCUCGGAAUCAAGGGCGACGCCAGCGAGACCUUUGCUUUUGCCUGCCUAUUCCCCGAUGUGAUGCAGCCACCGAUCGCCUUCGUUGCCGAUCAGGUUUAUGCACUUUUGGUGGCCAUGAGAAUAUUGAGACCGUUUUCCGAGGAUGAUAUUGCUUCUGGAAACCAGCAGGUGCUAGCCCGAGGCGAAGCUGGUCUCCCAACCCUCCUGAGCCAGCGCGGUGGAGGCUCGCGAGGUGCCGGCAAACGCGAAGAGGCCGAACGGAGACGCGCUUUGGCCCUCAAGGCUUUGGACCAGCGCCUUCAAGCGGCAUCUGUAGGACGCUCACAAGCCGGCACGUCAAUAUUUGUCGAGCCGUCAGCUCAACCGCUGUCAGCACCUGCUGGCCAGAGCAUGCUGGGUGAAACCAGCUAUAAUCCAGAAAAUGCAUAA